GCAAUCAAUCAACGAAUUUAAUACAUUUCCUGCCUAUUUGCAUACGUUCUUUUCUGGUGUUACGAAAAGCAAAAUGGAUGUACAUAUUCUAUAAUAGAUAAAAAACGAAAUGUGGAUUAUAUAGCAAAAACUAUUACAAUUGAAAUCAAAAGAAAGAUGUAUUUGAUAUGUAUACUUCUUAUCGGGGUGUUUCAGCAUGGAUCCACAGCGCCUCUGAGAUCAUGUCGCAAUGCCUUUGAGAAUGUUCCCGACACACACAAUCGCUGUUGCUACUACGAGUGUCGCCCGAUAGGAAAUGUUAUCAUCGCAGGGAAACGCAUGUUAGCGCCAAUCAUCAAUUGGUGCCCCGAUGGAUUUGCCAUUCCCCAGAAUUAUCAUGGGAAGGGAGCAGCCCCUUGUACUGAUCGGAACUCAGAAUGUACAGCUGCAGCAUCACGGGGGUCUCUAGAGGCGAAGAAGGUUCCAGCUCUGGUCAAAGCAUCCACUCCGUCACCGAGCUUUGGUGGUCUUCUUGCCCUACUAGCGAAGAAAAGGGCUGAAUCUGUGAUAACUAAUAGUGCUAACAGUGCAGUUCACCAUCAACAAACACCUGGACCAAUGGCUCGCCCCACAUAUAUACCACCCCGUCAGCCUGUUAUACAUGUAGCGAACCCUACACACGGACCUCCUCGACAGCCUGUUAUAAAUAUAGCAAACCCAACGCAUGUACCCCCUCGACAGUCUGUUAUAAAUGGCGCUAACCCUACAUAUAAGCCACCCCGUCAGUCUGCCAUGAAUUACGCAAAUACAAUCCGUCCACUAAGGCAAAGUCCAAUACCUUAUAGACGUCAAACAAAUAACCCCCGUAUUGUCAACCCAACUCAAAAACCAAAGCGCGCAACUGCUGUCCCACCGAAAGUAGUCAUGAGAGCAAAGCCCAACCCUGUCCGAUAUACUGGUCCAAGUCUCGCGCAACAACACAGAGUUGAUCAAGUGAAUAGCAAAAGCGUUGAAGAAGAGUAUCAAUACCGUCUAAAACAGCUUCAGAAAAUGCAGGCGAAUAAACAAAGGAACCCAGCUUAUGCGUUUUUCCAGAGUAGGUUUACGAAAGAUCCCCCUACCACUACAACGACAACUGCAAAACCUUUGCCUUUCUUGUUGCAAGUUACUAACAGCGCAAACUUCUUCUCACACUGGUCAAACAGGAAGGGACGCACGGCUCCACCUAGGAAAUCUAGUCGACCAAAAAAGCAAAACGUUCACAACGUUCCAGAGAAAAGACCUGCUAAACCAGCUCCUGGGCAGAAAUCAUUUGCUUCAUUUGAGAUUUUCAACAAAAUUAUGGGUCGUCUAACUUCACCAACACCUGCCCCAACACCAACACCACCGGCAUCUGACAAUAUUCUUGACCAGCUUUUUGGAACAAAUUUUGGACAAGCUAUCAAGCGACUCAUGGGCAUCGGCAACAAAAAGACUGAUUCAGUUAAAUCCAAACCAACCGCAGUCCGAGAACAGGGAUCACCUAGUCCUGAACCUGAACCUGAACCUAAUUCUCAAUUCGAAUUGAAUCAGCAACCGGGGCCAUCCGCCAUUCCACUGCAAGGCUUUCUCAAAUUUGUACCACCCGCUGUUCAACCGGAACCUGAAUCUUCCGGUUCUUUCCAAUCCGGACCACCCGCUGUUCAGCUUCAGUCUGGACUUCCAGAUUCUUUCCAAUCCGGACCACCUGCUGUUCCACUGCAACAAGGACUUCCAGAUUCUUUCCAAUCUGGACCACCCUCCCUUCCGCUACAAGGUUCUCCUAGUUCUUUCCAAUCUGGACCACCCGCACUUCCGCUACAAGGUUCUCCUAGUUCUUUCCAAUCUGGACCACCCGCUGUUCCACUUCAGCAAGAACUUCCAGAUUCUUUCCGAUCCGGACCACCUGCUGUUCCACUUCAGCAAGAACUUCCAGAUUCUUUCCAAUCUGGACCACCCGCUGUUCCACUUCAGCAAGAACUUCCAGAUUCUUUCCAAUCUGGACCACCCGCUGUUCCACUUCAACAAGGACUUCCAGAUUCUUUCCAAUCUGGACCACCUGCUGUUCCGCAACAAGGGUCUCCAAGUUCUGUCCAAUCUGGACUGCCCGGGGUUCCACUGCAGCCUGGAUUUUCCGAUUCUUUACCAUCCGGACCCCCAGCUGUUGCACUUCAGCCUGGAAUUCCAGAUUCUUUCCUAUCCGGACCACCCGCCGUUCCACUGAAAGGAUCUCCAAGUUUUUUCGAAUUUGUACUACCUGCUGUUCAACCGGAACCGGAACCUGAACCUUCCGUUUCUUUCCAAUCCGUACCACCCGCUGUUCAGUUUCAGCCUGAACUUCCAGAUUCUUUCCAAUCUGGGCCACCCGCCCUUCCGCUACAAGGUUCUCCUAGUUCUUUCCAAUCUGGACCACCCGCCCUUCCGCUACAAGGUUCUCCUAGUUCUUUCCAAUCUGGACCACCCGCCCUUCCACUACAAGG